AACAAGCAGCACCUGACUUCAAUCAACUGAUUACACUUAUAAAACACCAGAUUGGUGAAAAGGUGUGGUCUUGUUUUGUUGGAGUGAAAUCCUGCACCCACCCUAUGUGGAAUAGUUUGGAGACCACUGCCUUAGGGGCUCCGUAGUUUUUAUGCCUCUGUCGCAAUCGAUAAGCCCCGUGCAACUAUACCGUAACUGAGCACUAGAGGCAGCAAUACAAGAACAAGCAAUAAAACCACCACACUCUUGUACUACUUUACGUAAGGUUAGGGUUAGGCGGUAUGCCCCUGAUAGUUGCUUGCAAUCCAUCAUUUAGCUAAUAUUUUGGAAAUUUUUAGUUAAGUAUGUAUUGCAGUCAAUUUUAUCGCUUAUUUUCAUUCCGUACAUUUUUUAAUUAAACAGCAGUCAAUUAAUUUUCUGGUUCUUUCUUUGAAUAUUGACGCAGAUCUUUGUAUGUAUAUAUAAAUAUAUAUUUUGUAAUUUGUUCUAGACUUCACAAUACUUGACACAUCAGCUCCUUCAUUCACUGCGCCCCGGCUGCCUGUAGGGGGCUGUGUAACUCCACUCCAUUUAUUAGAAGUCGGUGGCAGUGAAACUCUCACACAUGCUUUUGACCACAAAGCCAGAUUUACAUUUAAAAAGUACAAAAGCUGGACCGCAUACUAACAAGAAGGAGUGCUUCAGGAGUGAUUUGUUCGAGAAUUCAAGGAUUGGCUCCUAGCUUUAGGUGAGGGAGGGGUGGAGAUGAAGGAGGAACUGGAAGCUGCCUGUCAAUCUGCUCCAUUCACAGAUUCGAUCCACACACAGAGGGAGAGAGAGAGCAACUCCUAUUCGCAAACAGAGAGCUUGGAGUUCAUUCACAAAAGCUGCACGGAGAACAGAAACGGAGGAGAGUUAUCAAGGGAAGGACAGAUGACUUAAAAUUGCAAGUUUUGGGCUAACUGGACCUUAAACUGCAUGGGAUAUCCCAAGUUAGAGUCUGUUAACACUUGCGUCCCAUCGACUGAUUUUACAAAGAAAUUGCACAGCAGAGCUCCAAGCAGUGAAGACAUGCUGAAGCGCACUAAAUACAGCCGUCUGCACAAUGAUUCAAGAACCUCUCUGGACGAUUGGUCUAUUCGCAUUGACUCUCAUUUUGACAAUUCUCCAUCCGGCGGGAGCGGGUCGCUUAGGUCCGAAAGCGUCAAUCGGCACCCGGAGAUAGGAGAGCAGUUCGGUGUGACCAAUCCCCCCAAAAGACCAAUCACCAUCCAUCGCACGUGCAGUUUUCCCGGGACAGAGGCCAGUCCUUCCUGCAUCCUACACCAAUGCAAGCAGGGCUCUUCAUUGGUCCAUAGAGUGGUCCACCACCACAUGAAGUAUAUGGGUAGCGUGGAAGUGACCCAGCCCAUGAGAGUCCUUGACUUUGACACAAGGAAGCUAGUAACACGAGAGGCCAUCAACAGACUGUGCAAGAGGACGACGGAUAAAAACGCAUCGAAAACAAAGAGUCCUGAACACAAGCAGCUGUCAUGUGUUCUGGGUAGGAACAACCUGCAGUUUUCGGGCAGGCGGGUCAUCCUCAGCGUGUCAGCAGACACGCUGACUCUGCUGGCGGCCUCCUCGCAGAAAAUCACUCAACACUCCAUCCAGGCAAUAUCAUUCGCCUCAGGGGGAGACCAAGACAUGGAAAAUUACAUUGCAUAUGUAGCCAAAGAUCAAGUCAAUCAAAGAGCAUGUCAUAUUCUCGAGUGCCCUCAAGGCCGAGCAGCCGAAGUCAUCCGUAGCAUCGGUUGGGCCUUCGAGUCUCGCUUCACCCAGCUUCUAUGUCACAUGCCGUCGCUCGUCUGCGCUGACCUCAGAUCAGCUGACAGAAUCUGCUGCGCAUGGAGCCGAGAGGAGACGUUAACAGAGCAGAAAGCUGCCCAAGAGAAUAAUCGGGAUGUUACCAGUGAGCGUUAUCACUACUACAAUGUGACUCCGAAGAAGGGAUUUGAGGACACGCGGGUCACGACUGUAGAGAAGGUUGGGUCCUCUGCAGCAGUUUCACUGUAUGAGAAUUGUUCGAUAGCACAGGAAACAGAUGAGCAAUCAACAGACCCACUGGAUUGUGAAACAAGGUGCAAUCAGUAUUCUGCUUGUGAAAGACGUGACCUGAUCCAUGAAGAAGCUUGGUUUCAUGGCAGGUUAGAAAGAGAACGAGCCGAAUCACUUCUCACGCAUAACGGAGACUUCCUGGUCCGAGAGAGCAGCUCCGCCCGCGGUCAGUAUGUGCUCAGCGGGAUGGAUGGAACCACAGUGCGACAUCUACUGCUGAUCGAUCCACAUGGCCAGGUUCGGACAAGUGACCAGGUCUUCCUCAGUGUAGGUCACCUGGUGCGGUUCCACUUGCACAGCCAAAUACCCAUCGUGACCGGGAGCAGCAAGCUUUGCCUCAAAACGCCAAUCCUGCACAGACAUUAGCAUGAACAUGCAAGUGCUCAUUACAUCUGCCUCUGUACCUACUGUAAAAAACUGCAUGAACAGACAACACAGUAGUUUCCAUCAACAGGUUACAUUACAUCCAGGUGUCUAAACUUUUUUCUCCGAGGACCACUUUCCGAAAACGCCAGGGCAAAUUUGAAAUCCCUCCACGUUCAUCUGAGAAACAGAUGAUUGUACUCGGGUAAAAAAAAAUAUGGGGUUUUUAAAAUAUUUAUUUGAAAGUGUGAAUUCAUUUGCUGCUAUUGACGGUAAUAGACGUCCAAUCCAUUUUGAUUGGGAGGUCUGACCCCCAGUCAGAUUGGAUUGGACGUCUAUCUGUGUCAAAGGCAGUGAAACAUGAUCACUCAAUGCCAACCUUCCCCGUUGAAAUGGAUUGGAUGUCUAAACUUCUCACUGGCGUUGAAUGAGGAAGGGUCUAAUUGCAACAAAAUAAUACAGAGGAUAUUGGAAUAUAUUAUAUUUACACUGCUGAAACAAACUGCAGAACAAAGUGAAACUGUCCAGCGACAGCAAAAUCGUCUCGAAAAACACAUUCAAGAGAGCUGCAUUUAUCACAAUGGAUUAUUUUUUUGAUAUGUAAACUAAAUACUGAAGUUCUGCAAUUUCCUACAUGAAUUUCUAUAAGUUGUCAGGUUUUGACCCAUGAACUAAUGGAGAGGCAUUGUUUUAAGUGACUAGCUCCAUCUAAAGCUUGGAAAUGCAAGCCAAGGUAGGAAGUUUGUGCAAGCUACUUUCAUUAUAUAUUUUCGUGAUUUGCUGCAGGCCAGUAAAAACAAGGAAGUGGGCCCUAGUUUGGACACCCCUACGUUAUAUUGUAUUUGCAAUUUGGAACUCUGUUGGGUACAUAGUGCCUUUUUAUGUGAAGUAUUUGUCAUAUCCACUUUGUGCCUAUCUGACUUUUCAAGCACAAUCGCCAGUGUUUUUUUUUUUUGGUCUCUAAAGGGAUUUUAUUUUAAUGACUGGCAUAAAUAUACA